AUUUUGGAGCAACAAACAUGAAGUUGUCUCCAUCUCGGGCAGGCGUCAUCCCGCCGCCGCCGCCGGAAGCUUGAAGACGUAGCCGCCUACCCGUGUUUUUAUUGCAUCUGUAGAAUUUUUUGGCGUCCAGCAGGGGAGAUAACAACCUCACUUCCGUGUUUCACGUUAUUAGAAAGCUUUCAAGCAAAUAAUAAUAAUAAUAAUAAUAAUAAUAAUAAUAAUAGCACUCUCUGCCUCUGACCAGUCUCUAGUCUCUACUACAGGACAAAGCUUGCACUAGCCCUUAGUCCAUGGCGGUCGAAUCCGAGCCCAAAACCCUCGAAACCCUAACCCUAGAUGAGUCCGAUCCCCCGGUCGACGGCAGCGCCCUCGUGGCCCGCGCCCUCGCCGCGGCGGGCGUCCGCCACAUGUUCGGCGUGGUGGGCAUCCCCGUCACGGCCGUGGCCACCCGCGCCGUGGCCGCCGGCGUCCGUUUCCUCGCCUUCCACAACGAGCAGUCCGCCGGCUACGCCGCCUCUGCCUACGGGUACCUCACCGGCGCGCCCGGCGUCCUCCUCACCGUCUCCGGCCCCGGCUGCGUCCAUGGCCUGGCCGGCCUCUCCAACGCCGCCGCCAACGCCUGGCCCACCGUCCUCAUCUCCGGCUCCUGCGACCAGGCCGACUUCGGCAAGGGCGACUUCCAGGAGCUCGACCAGAUCGCCGCCGUCAAGCCCUUCGUCAAGCUCGCCGUCAAGGCCGCCCGCGUUGCCGACAUCCCUCCCCUCGUCCGUGAGGUCCUGGCCGUCGCCGCAGCUGGCAGGCCCGGCGGCUGCUAUCUCGACCUCCCGUCCGACGUCCUCCACGAGACGAUCCCUGAAUCGGAGGCCGCGAUGCUCUUGGCCGCGCCCGCGAACCCUAGGGUGGGGCAAAUUAGGGACCCGGAAACCCUGGAAAUCGAAAAUGCGGUGUCCCUGCUGCGGCGCGCCGAGAGGCCCUUGAUCGUGUUCGGGAAAGGGGCGGCCUACGCGCGGGCGGAAGAUGCCCUGAAGAAGUUGAUCGACACGACCGGAAUCCCAUUCCUGCCGACGCCAAUGGGGAAGGGGUUGCUGCCCGACACCCACGAGCUCGCAGCCUCUGCCGCAAGGUCGCUGGCCAUCGGUCGUUGCGACGUUGCGUUGGUCGUCGGUGCGCGCCUCAACUGGCUGCUCCACUUUGGCGAGCCGCCACGCUGGUCCAAAGAUGUUAAGUUUAUUCUGGUGGAUAUAUCCAAGGAAGAAAUUGAGCUCCGGAAGCCCCACAUUGGGUUGGUGGGAGAUGCGAAGAGGAUUCUCAAUUUGAUCAACGAAGAGAUUAAGGACGAUCCCUUCUGUUUGGGCAGAUCGCAUCCUUGGGUGGAGGCCAUCUCAAAGAAGGUAAAGGAGAAUGCAGCCAAGAUAGAGGCUCAGCUGGGCAAGGACGUGGUGCCGUUCAAUUUCUUCACGCCGAUGAGGAUUAUAAGGGAUGCGAUUCUUGCAGAGGGGAGCCCGGCGCCAAUCCUUGUGUCGGAAGGGGCGAACACGAUGGAUGUGGGGAGGGCGGUGCUGGUGCAGAAUGAACCUCGGACGAGGUUGGAUGCAGGGACAUGGGGGACGAUGGGGGUUGGUUUAGGUUACUGCAUUGCUGCUGCUGUGGCAUCGCCUGGCCGGCUGGUGGUGGCUGUGGAAGGGGAUUCUGGCUUUGGAUUCAGCGCGAUGGAGGUCGAGACAUUGGUGAGGUACCAAUUGCCAGUAGUGGUCAUCGUCUUUAAUAAUGGUGGUGUAUACGGCGGUGAUAGAAGAAGUUCAGAUGAAAUUACAGGACCGUACAAAGAUGAUCCUGCUCCGACUUCCUUUGUUCCCAAUGCAGCUUACCAUGCUCUCAUUGAAGCCUUUGGGGGCAAAGGCUAUGUGGCUGCAACCCCUCAAGAGCUUAAAUCUGCUCUUUCUGAAUCCUUCAGUGCCAGGAAACCUGCUGUAAUUAAUGUUAUCAUAGAUCCAUAUGCUGGUGCGGAGAGCGGGAGACUGCAACACAAAAACUAAAGGUACUAUUUCAGCAUCCUCGGCUUUGUGCUUCAUUUGUGCUAUGGUAUGACCUCUUGUCCAAUGUUGUUUGUUGUUCCUUCUUUUCUCAAACUUCUUUCUACUGAUAGCAUAAUAGAGUCAUCUACUUGAGUGUAAUUUAAAUGAGUGCAAAUACUAUCAAUCAUCCAGGCCAACAAAAAAAACUACAUCUGGGAAUUUCAUUCCCUUUCCUGCCUAUGAAAUAAGAAUGCUGAAUGCUCGAGGUGAAGUGUUUUAAUCCUUCUUUAA